AUGGCGGACUCCCUGAACCCGGUUGGGUCGGCAUCUCACAUGUCUUCAUCCGCCCUCCUGCCAGCACGUCACGAUGCCGAAGCUCGGCCACGUAAUCGCCGCCUUAUCAGCACCGCCGAGGACUCCCCCACGGGCCCCAUGGACAGGUUGACGGCUUCCUUUUCUGCUCUUCGGUCCCCGACCAGCCGCGAACCGAGCCCUAUGCCCUCCGCUCAACUGUCCCGGGACAGCUCCGCCAAACCAACCUCUCGUAGUGCAUCCGCCACGAAUCGUCGAAAUAAUACUGCUCCGUCUACUGCCAGUUUUCUGGACACAUCUUGGUCUCAAGGAUGGGCGUCGAUCCAGGGCUUGGCCUCGUCCCUCUUGUCCGGUGGGAGUGUACACGAUGCCGGCUACGAGUCAGAUCACAGAGAGGGCAGGCGAGGUGUCAACUCUUUGAAAAGAGACUACUCUACCCCGCCGCGAAAGGCACCCAUAGCCUGGGGCCCUGAGCCGCCGUCCAGUUCUCGCCCAGGUCAUCAGAACAUAGCAGCAGGUUCUCUAGCGGAGAGGGAGGCCGCUCUCAAGGCUGCACGAACAGCGAGCGUAUUGCAGAGUCACGAAGGCGUCAACGGGGGGCUUGAUGUGACGGGCAAGUACAAGAGGAGGAACUCAGAUGAGAUCGCCAGGGAUAACGUACAGGAUGAGGAAGUGCAGGAUCAGCUGGUGUAUAUCCAUCAGGUGCAGCCAACUGACACAUAUGCGGGCAUAGUGCUCAAGUACCGGUGUGGCGAAGAUGCUUUCAGAAAAGCGAAUGGCCUGUGGUCCAGGGAUAUUCAGGUCCGCAAAUGGCUGGCCAUACCCGUAGACGCCUGCGAAGUCAAGGGCCGCCCGUGCGAACCCCCUUCCCACGACGGUCAGGCAGUCGACCUCCUGGCGCCCACGCCGGAACUCAAGAGUGGUUACGGACAUAAUGGUAUGACAUCGGAUCAUUCACAACCAGUGGACUUUUUCAGCCUGCCGACCACCAAUGGACUGGCGGAUGCUAAGAACGAAGAACCGGAAGACCCGCCAUGGACGCACGUUCGAUGGGUGACAUUGGAUUCGAAUCCAAACCCGGUCGAGAUUGCCCGUGUGUCGAGGAGAUCGAUUGGAUACUUCCCGCCGCGGCGCAAGAAAAGCCUACGCUCUGCUGCCUCAACACUGUCAACCCCAAGACACUCGCUCGACGCCUCCGGCUUUGCGGCGGGGUUCACAGAAAGCCCGGAACAAGUAGGCAGGCCGUCUUCUCGUAGACAAAGCAACCUGAGCACCAGGCCAAAUCUGCCGAGCACACCAGGAAGGUCGACGCCAGCUUCCUCCAGGAGCAGAAUGAAUAGUGAUGCAGCGGAUACGCGACCGGCGUGGAUGAGGCGGCCUGGCGGUGUCGGCUCUAUGGGUAGAAACGUGCGGGCACCUGGCCCAGACAAGGAUUACUUCAACACUUGGGCCAAGAAGCACCUCCCUGGCAUCGCCAUGGACGAAUCUCUGCCGUCCAUCUCCGUCAUGGGAUCCGAAACGGCGCAUUUCGGUUUCCGGCCUGGGUCUAGUAGCGGUAUCGUGGAAAGCCCGUUCGACGAGGGACAGGAUGUAGCGGCAGCCUCCCGGCAGGGCUCUGGGCUUGAUCGCGCUGCCGCCGCUGUGGAGACAUGGCUGCGCGGCGCGUUUGCCAAGUCUCCCGGGACGCCCACGCUAGGGGGCCGGGGGCGUCAGCUAGACGAUCUUGACUUGAUAGAGUUGACAGAUGCCAACAGCGACGACGGGAGGCUGCCAACCCCGGCUGUCAGCGGGGGUGGUAUUACGAGCACAGGACUGCUGGAGGCCACGCCGAUGUCAGUUGGCUCAACAGGGAGGAGUGAUGGAGGUGGGACUGUCAGAGGACGUGGUUCAGCCAACAGCUCGAGUGCUGCCAAAGGCAAGAAGUCCGAUUAG